AUGAUAAGAAGAUCAAUCAAUUCUACGACAACUCAACUUGUUCGUAGUAGAGUUGUAUACAAUAUUAACAACAACAACAACAACAACAAGUAUAAUAAUACAAAUUCUAUAAAGUAUUAUACAACCAAUAGUUACAAUAAUAAUAAUAAUGACAAUAAUAAAAAGAAUACUCAUGACAAUGGAUAUAAAUACUUUGGUACUACAAUGACAGCAGCAUUGGUUAUUGGUGCUUGUGGAUAUACUUUAUGUGAAUGUUUUGAAGAUCACGAGAACCAUGUUGUACAAAUUAAAACAGGUUACAAGUAUCCUAAAUAUUUGAUAGGCAAUGAUGAAUAUAGAUUGGUUGUUGUUGGUACUCGUGCUUUAACAAUGUUUAAAUUCAAUGUUUAUUCAAUUGGAAUGUAUAUUAAUGAAUCUGAAGCUAAAAAGCAAUUGUUGGAACACUCAAAAAAGGAUCAAAUUGAUUUCUGUAAUGGUAAAGCUGUUGUAUUGGAACAAUUAAUGUCAAAUGGUACUGGAUUAUGUAUUAAAAUUAAACCAACUAGAAAAGUAACUUGGGAUCAUAUCUUUAAUGGUUUUGAAGGAACAAUGGCAGAUAUGAUGUGGCGUAAAUAUCAAAUGGAUUUGGGUGAUGUAGAAAUAUUAAUGAAACAAUUAAAAUCAGCGUUCCCUGGCAACAUGGAUAUGCCAACUACCUCUGAAAUUGACUUUUUGAGAAAGGAUGCAGACACUCUUGUAGUAUUGUUUGACAACAAACCAGUCAAAGAGAUUACAGACCAAAGAUUCGCAACCACCUUUUUCGAGUUCUAUCUAGGCGAUCGUUCCAAAGUACCUGUCGUUCGUAAAGAAUUCUAUGAACGUCUUUGGAAGAUAUUACAACCUGCUGAUACUGAACAUUUAAAUAGAUUUGGUUUACAUUAA